CGUCACGGAGAGGCACCGGAAGUGGAUGCACUUAUGAAUUUUAAUAAACUUGUUUUUCUUUGUGUGUUUUUCGGAGCCAGCGCGCGGCCAAAGAACCGGGACGGUACCGGGUCCAUCCGCCAUUAAAGUCCCGUUCGUGUCUCCGGUGUGAUGAUGGCGGAGAGUCCGGACUGCAGCGUCCUGCGGCGGACACACAGCGGCGGCGGCGCCGGGCUGACGGUGGUGAAGGUGGAGUCAGGUGUGUCCGGUGAGUCGGUCCUGAACCCGUCACAGGCCUCUGAGCUUCACUUCCUUCGUUCGCGGGUUCGAGAGCUGGAGAGAGAAAAGGCAGAACUGUCGGUGGAGAACCAGAGACUGAAGAACAUGCUAGUCCACGAAAUCCCUGGGCUCCUGUCCACCAUGUGGCAGACGUUGGGCCAGGCCAACAGUGACCCCUCCAUCUCCACGGCAAUGGCUAGGAGCAACAGCUAUGCUCCUUACCUUUAUCACAGCGACUGCGCCCAUAAGGACGAAGACCUCAGCCCCCAGGUCUACGUCCAGCAGCUCCAGGAGGAACUGAGCAGGGACAUGUCAGAGUCCUGGGGCCCGCUGGGCUCCGAGGACGAGGAGGUGCCUGAAGAAGCAGACCUGGGUCUGGGGAGCCACAUGGGGGAGGAGGCGCCACUCUGCAGCCAGACCGACAUGGAGGAGCUGAGGAGGAGCUGCUCGGAGAGCCAAUGUACCGCCGGACACCUUAAUGGACAGGUAAACCAGGUGGAGGUGUAUCCGGGCUCUGGUGUUCUCUGUGAUGUCCGAUCAUGGCAGGCAGCCAAUCAGGCACCGUCUCCUACGGCGAUGGCACGAACGCUGCUGGUAGGUGUGUUUGAUAUGAACACGCUGAUGAACAGUAACCUGCGAGGAGGACGGAGCCGCCGGCCAGCCUUCCACGCACAACGCAGCGCCCUCGACCCGCACAAGAUCAACGCCAUCUUCAACGCCAUCUUGGCUCGCUUUCCUCUCGCCAAGAAAGGAGUCAUCGGCUCCGGCAUCAACUCCAAACUUUCUGAGAUCCGCUUCCGCUCCCGAAGAGCCAAUCAAGAUCCCCGGUUCCUCUGAUGGACAGCUAGACAGCUCCACCUAUCUUACUGAAAAAACCUUCAGUCGUCGCCUGAGAACACAGCAGUCUCGAGCCGCUGGACCGAUGAACAGCUGUUGGAAUAACUCAGCAUCCAUUCAGAUCCAGGACAGGGAUGGCUCUCAUGUCGCUGAGUCAGUGGCUCUUUUGCAACAGAGACUUGUUGGAGAGUUGUGCAAUGCCGUAACAAUAGGUGUCAUUUACCCUGGGGACACUGAGGAGAAGUCCCCAUCACUUUUUGAAAAGGCUGAUUUUAUCCCCAUCACUUUUUGAAAGCAACAACAAAUGAUAACAAAUGAGAAUGCUUUGAAAAAGGUUUAUUUUCACAAUAAGAAAACAUGCGAUGCAAUGUAAAUAUUGAAGAAACAAAUGUGCAUUUUCCAAAAAAAGUAACUUAAGCUAAGAAAAACAAGCUACUAAUUAGGCCUACUGAGUCCAUUACAUUUUUAGAUGUUGAAUUGUCACCUACCACCUGAAUUGUGUGCUUCCCUUUCUAAAAAUAAAGACAUUUUCAGCAUAAAUCGGUGCAGAAAAUGUCUGUAGGAUGCAGGAAAUUAAGUGUUUAAUGCUCAAAAUCUUCUGGGGAAUGACCCCCAGACCCCCACUCAUAAAUUUCACCAUUGAAUAUUUCUUCAAAAUACUGUUACAAUAUCUUCUGUAACAUGAGCGCAAUAUUGUGCAUGAUCACGUCUCGUAAAUUAAGUGUAUUGUCUCUCCCCUAAUCUGUCCCUCUCACGACCAUGAAGACACAACCACAAAGAGAUCCAAACUUACAUUUACUCAUUUGGCAGACGCUUUAUAUCCAAAGCGACUGUAGUGGUAGUCGCACAACUAAACUACCAAAAUACCAAAAGGGGACGCAAAAUGACCACAAAGAGAUGAUCAAAAGGACACAACCACAAAGAGACUCCAAACUACCACAAAGAGAUGCAAAGUGACCACAAAGAGACGAUCAAAAAGACACAACCACAAAGAGACUCCAAACUACCACAAAGAGACGCAGCAUGACCAGAAAGAGACUCCAAACUACUACACAGAGACGUUAAAGUGACCACAGAGAGACGCAAAUGACCACAAAGAGACGAUCAAAAGGACACAACCACAAAGAGACGAUCAAAAGGACACAACCACAAAGAGACUCCAAACUACCACAAAGAGAUGCAAAGUGACCACAAAGAGACGAUCAAAAAGACACAACCACAAAGAGACUCCAGACUAUCACAAAGAGAUGCAGCAUGACCAGAAAGAGACUCCAAACUACUACACAGAGACGUUAAAGUGACCACAGAGAGACGCAAAUGACCAGAAAGAGACGAUCAAAAGGACACAACCACAAAGAGACUCCAAACUACCACAAAGAGAUGCAAAGUGACCACAAAAAGACGAUGAAAAAGACACAACCACAAAGAGACUCCAAACUACCACAAAGAGAUGCAAAGUGACCACAAAGAGACGAUCAAAAAGACACAACCACAAAGACACUCCAGACUACCACAAAGAGACGCAGCGUGACCAGAAAGAGACUCCAAACUACCACAAAGAGAUGCAAAGUGACCACAAAGAGACGAUCAAAAGGACACAAAGAGACUCCAAACUACCACAAAGAGACGCAGCAUGACCAGAAAGAGACGAUCAAAAGGACACAACCACAAAGAGACGAUCAAAAGGACACAACCACAAAGAGACUCCAAACUACCACAAAGAGAUGCAAAGUGACCACAAAAAGACGAUGAAAAAGACACAACCACAAAGAGACUCCAGACUAUCACAAAGAGACGUAGCAUGACCAGAAAGAGACUCCAAAUAUUACACAGAAACGUUAAAGUGACCACAAAGAGACGUUCAAAAAGACACAACCACAAAGAGACGAUCAAAAGGACCUAACCACAAAGAGACUCCAAACUACCACAAAGAGACGCAGCAUGACCAGAAAGAGACUCCAAACUACUACACAGAGACGUUAAAGUGACCACAAAGAGACGAUCAAAAAGACACAACCACAAAGAGACGAUCAAAAGGACACAACCACAAAGAGACUCCAAACUACCACAAAGAGACGCAGCAUGACCAGAAAGAGACUCCAAACUACUACACAGAGACGUUAAAGUGACCACAAAGAGAUGCAAAGUGACCACAAAGAGACGAUCAAAAAGACACAACCACAAAGAGAC